UCGAUACAUGACACCAUAGAGGCUUCUAAUAAAUAAACUGAUUUCAGCCCGACACUCAAUAAUCGUUCCUGAAAGGAAUAAUCUCGCAACGGCCGCCGACUUAGAAGCGAUUGAUACCUGCGGUGCAUUUGUAGGUACGAAGCCAGAAUACUGUAAGACUACUCUGCCUCUUCGUAAGCGCAGCCACUUGAACACGAUAAAGCUUGGCGUAGAGGACUCUGAGCCGAGGCACAGCACAGAUGAGGAUUAGACCCGUCACUAAAACCCCAGAUUCUCGCCCCGCGCCGUGCCAUGCUCAUAUCCGCAUGCUACUGUCGGCUCUAAUUUCCGAGUGGAUCAAGGUACUUCAGUUCAGCUGGGAUGGAUUCAAAGGUGGUAUGACACGGUAGGACGUGAUCUCAUCUGCCUGGAAUGCAAUACACAUACAUUCGAUACGUGUAAGAGAGAAAGCCGUUUGUUGAGUCAAUCAUCCUACAACCCGAAUGCUAUGCCUAGGAUCGCGGCCGAGAUGACACCUCCGUCUGCCGAGGAGGUUAAGAGAGGGCAUAGCCGUCUUGCAUACCAGGAAGCCCUGGGUCUCAUAUCGCUUCCAGACAAGGCCACGAGCAAUGGGGAUGUCAUAAAGCGAUAUAUGAGCCGACGUAGCGCGUGGACGCCCGGGCUUGAUUUUGUCCCGCUCGUGUUGGAGCUGGGCGGCACUUAUACAGCGGCACCGAAUACGUACGGCGGCCACGUUUACAGCCAAGCUGGCCUCGCUGCUUCGCUAUCGCUCAGAGCUGCACGAAUAACAGCGAAUAACGGUGGUCAGGACAAGAAGCUUGGAAUUCAUACGAUACAUGGUUUCUUCUCUGAAGCUGGGCGCAGUGAUCGCCCAUUUAUCUACGAGGUGUCUAAUCUGGCUUCUAACGCCUCGUUCCCCAAUCUCCAGGUAACUGUGCGUCAACCCAUUUCACCGAGCACACAUACAGACGGCGACCACUACCCUAAAGCAGACGCGGACCUCCCACUGGGUCCAGUUUGCUUCAGUGCUAUGAUCUCUUUCCGGCCAAGCACCACAUCUCGCGUUGAAGCACAGGAGCCAUCACCCCAAGCUCGAUUCAGCGAGAUUUUGACUUCCAGACGGCCAAUGGAGUGGGACCCGGUGCCCAUCGCGGACAUCGACUAUAUCCUGGCCAAAAUUCCUGGCGCCCGACAUGCCGUGGGCACAUUCCCCGGGUUUGAAAUGCGCAAGGUCGACAUGCACGCAUAUAACACCAGCCGGCCGCUCCACGAGCGUCGCGAGAUCAUGCUGCAUCGACUCCUAGCGCCUCUCCCCGCUACCGUUAACGAUAGCCCGGAUAAAGACGGGGCGUGCGCGAUCGACGGGCCGGACGCACAUAUCUGCGCGCACGCCUACGUAUGCGACCGCAACGGACUGCUCAUGAUCGGAAACCACAUCGCCGAGCUUGGGAACGAGGUCGAGAUCGCGAGCGUCGCGAGCCUCAGCUAUUCCUUCGUCGUACACGUCAACGCCGAAGAUGCGGUCAUGAAAUACGACGAAGGGCAAGAGUGGUGGGUGCAGGAGGCGUGUUUCCCGCGCGUGCAGGCCGGAAGGGGCAUCAUUCACAGCAAGAUUUGGAGUCCGCGGGGCGUCCACGUUGCUACGAUGUACCAGGACGGCAUCAUUCGGUGGAAACCGAAAGGCGGAGGCGAUGAGAACAAAGGGAAGCCGAGAGAAGGCGGUCGUUUAUAAUACAUUUGGGCCAAUCAAGACGUAUAUCGGUUCACAUCAUGUGUUAGAGGUAAUAGAAGGAGAUAUAGAAAGAGGGUGAUUUCACAGCAUGUCUCUCUAGAUGGUAGCCAAAAGAUUACGUCCUAGACAGUACAAUACCUCUACUCUUACAUGUACGUCCCCGUAUCAAGUACUCAUGGCCGAGUGGUAGAGCGUUGCGCCCUCGAUGACCACUCGCGCCCCCCUGAGUUCAGAAACGGUCCCAGCUAGAACUUCGGGCCCUACCAGCAAGGAGGCCACUUCCCCGGGGACGCCCAGGGAAGAAGGCAACCUUGCUAGGU